GAAGUUUUCUAAUGAGAAAUAAUUUGCACAAUCAACGAAUUUCGUAACAUAAACGUCUAUUUUGCUAAGACAAACACAGAUCGGAGCCAGUUACUAUUCGAGAAAGAUGUCUCAUACUUCUUCUUACUACUUUAAUAAUGAACUCAUUAUAAGUAAACAUUGUUUUACAAUUAGCACUUGUAGUACACAAGCGUCAAUGAACAAUUAGUGCAACGUUGAUCAGCGUAAAACGUGUCGGGUAUAAAAUGAAAAUCUACUCUGAUCCACUCACAUUCCACUCAAUCUCAACACAAGAGAAACUAGCAGAGAAACAAAGAUCAAAUCGAACAACAAUCAUGAAUUUUACUAUUUUACUGUUAUUGGUCGUAGCAGCCGUUGCAUGUGCAGUUCCAUCUGGAAUCAUUAAGCAAAAGAACAUCGAAUUACCCGGACAAGAACUGAUCAGCAAAAGAGAUGUUUCUCAAAUUGGUUUAGACGAUGAUCUCGAAGUCGCUGCUAAUACCAUAGUCUUCAGACCGUUGUUCCGAAGCAAAACCAAGAAGACCAACAGAAGACGCGUUCGCGCUGCUCCCCAAGAAGAAGAAGAUUUGGAGACUGCAGCCAACACAAUCAUCUUCCGUCCCAAUUUCCGCUCACAAAGGAAUAGAAUCUCGAGGAGGAGAUUCAGGGACGUCGACGAAAUUGAGCAAAGUCCGAAAUCCAGAUACAGCAGGUCCGUGAAGCCGGAGAAAACUCAAGAUUUGGAUGAUGAUCUUGAAACUGCUCAAUACAUUUUUCGUCCGUACUUCAGGAGAGGUUUUAACAGGAGAGUAACCAGAGACCUGGAUGAUAUGAUCGUUUUUAAGCCAUUGUUUGCCUCAAGAAUACACCAUUGAUGUUAAUUCAUGCUUUUUCGAGGCAUUCAUCAAAACUACAAAAAGGCUGUGGAUAUGAUUAAUCUGACGUGUAAUUCCCAUUGAGAGAAUCAUUUCUUGUUAUUUUAUUUUUUCUGAAGACUGUUUAGUUUAUUUAUUUAAAUGUAUGUAUUUUUUAGUUUUAGCUCAAUCAUAAUACUGUUGAGUUUUAGCUGAAUCUAUUUAUAAAGUCGCUUCAUGUAGUGCA